AAUGUCGGCACAGCAAGCACAUUGACCAAUUUAUCGGAGAACUGUGAAUAUAGACUAUAGACAGAGACUAUAUCUAUAGUUUAUAUUCUAGAUCUAAAACUAUCAUGCCUGCUUUCAGAGGUGGAAAAAAUGCUGAUCUAUUCCACAGUGCUCCUGCUGCCAUUGAAUCCCCUACAGAGGAAGAUGAAACUGAGAAAAACAAAGAACCCGUUGACGAAGGAACUCUUCGGAAAGUGUACAUCACCCCUCUUAAGACUGAGACUAAAGCUGUUGUUAAGGAAGUAGAUCCUUCUGUUGUUGUAUCAGAUUUGGAUGAAGUUUUUGCCCUUGGUUACAUACCUUUAGACAGAUUUCAAAAGAAACUUCAGUCUUUACUGAAGAAAGCUCAAGAAAGUAAUGUCCAUUUUAAAACCAUUGACUUUGGUAAGGACGGAUACGUCACUGAUGCUGUCAUCAAAUCUCUCUUUGAUACUCUGGGAAAGAAUGCACUGAGCAAAGUGACAAAAGUUUCCCUGGAAGGCUGUAGCAUUAUCACAGAUGUUGGUCUACACUGGCUGGCCAAGGGAUUGUCGGAGAACAAGCACAGCAUUCAGGUGAACAUCAAUGGCUGCAGUAAAGUCACUGAUGGGGGUUUGGUCACUCUGAUCAAUGCAGCAAAUAUUGGCCACAUAGAGGCAAUGGCCACAGCAGUGUCUCAUAUCAGAGAAGGUGGAAAUACAAAGGGCUGUCCCUUGCUUAUGGACCCCAAAAAAUUUUAUUCGCAAACACAGAAAGAGUCCUAUUUGGUAGUUGUUCCCAUGGCAACCAAGCUGAGCCUAUCAAAUUACCUGAUUUACAAAAGUAAAAAGGAAAGACAACCAGUGGAGCAUACACAAAAUUUACAUUUGUCAGAUUGGAAUGUGAAUGUGAUGGAAAUGGAAAGAAAUCAUAUAUUGUUUGAAUAUGUCCUCCCCCCAAACCCAGUGCAUGUCAUCAUCCCAUUUGAUGCCAGUGCUGACAUCAAAGAUUUGAAAGGACAAGUGAUAGAGACCAUUGCUCAUGUUCUCAGUAAAGAACAACUGAAUCCAAAACAAAACAUCAAAAACAGGAAGCUUUUAGUCGGUUCCAGUGGAUUUUUUGAGAUAACAUACUGGUCAAAAUGCAACUUAUCUUUGGAUGGAACCUUGAGUAACACAUCAGAUAAUCAAAACGUCAUAGGGUUUGUUGCAUCCCAGAGGACACUUAGCCGCACCAAUAACUACUUCGAGGUUCAAUGCCUGACCUCACAGCUAGAGUCAGGCCUAGUCAUAGGUAUCACAUAUGACGUAGUGGCAUCAGAGAGGUUCCCACUGGAAGUCAAUGAAACCAAUGGUGGAUGUGUGGAGGGAUUUGAAACAGAGGAGAGUGUCACCUAUGGGUUUGGGAUCAAAGGGACUUGGUUGUCAGAGUAUGUGCCUGGGGAUGACUGUGUAUUUUACAUCACAAAAGGUGGAAUUGAGACUAAGACAAUGCCUGAAAAACCUCAAACAGGCAUGUACCCGUUUGUUUCAGUCAUUGGGAAAAAUGUUGGCUGUACUGUAAAAUUGUUGAACAUGGCCUGCCCCCCAGAGGGACUCCAAGGCCAGUGGUAUGACAAAAAGCAGUACUGGACCCCUGGGUUUAGACACAACAUUCUGUGUGAUGACAGAGGGAUAGCUAGCUAUGUGGACACCUACUCAUCAUCUGAUGAAAGAGGGGUAUUACUAUUCCAAGAGCAGAUAACUAGGGAGCACAAUACUUUCACCAUUAAAGUUAUUGAAAGGGGUGCAAAUGGUGUUAUAAGCAUGGGCUUUGGUACUGAAGAUUACCCAACCAAUCGCCACCCAGGCUGGGAGAAGCAUUCAGUUGGUUACCAUGCCGAUGAUGGACUGUACUCAUUACAGCUGGGUGGACUCAGGGACAUUCCUAUUGUAGUCACAGCUAAUGUUCCCUCUAAUCUGUGCAGUAGUUUUUAA